AUGCCCACCGUCGAAUUGCGUGGUCUGCCCGCUCUGGAAGCCUGGGGCCGCAAGGUGACCGCCGGCUAUCGUGGCGUCUCAGUGCACGACCUCAGCAGCUCCUGGCGAGACGGACUCGCCUUCUGCGCCAUCAUCCACCACUUUCGGCCUGAUCUAAUCGACUUUGACAGUCUGACAAGUGAGAAUAUUCUCUACAACAACAAUCUCGCCUUCAGCAUUGGCCAGCAGAAGCUGGGCAUUCCGGCGCUGUUGGACGCAGAGGACAUGCUCCUCGCCGAGCCCGAUCGUGCCUCCAUUGCCCUCUACCUUUCCGAGGUGUACGAGUGCUUUGAGGGCUCAAAGAAGCCCAACCGCCGCCGAUCGGCAAUCUUCAAUCGUUCCUACUCCAACGGUUCCACUGUUUCCGGUUCGAGUAACACGAGCUCGCCUACCACGCCCACUACACCUGCCUACACCACAAUUAAACCAGUCAAAUUUUGA